AUGAAAGCCACUGGGGAUUUUGGCCCUGCGCCUCCGGGCAUUGACCUGGCGGAGAAUCAGCAACCCCAGAUGGUGGGUGCGAUCAUUACGCUGAUGGUAAUUGGAUCCCUGGCGGUUCUGUUGCGCGUAUAUACACGCGCAAAGACAACUCAGACGCAUUUUGGUCUGGAUGAUUUUUUUAUCUUUGCUGCGUUGUGGUUCGCCUACGGCACUGGUAUAUGCGUGAUCAUCAGUAUCAAAUACAAAAAUGGAUGGCACCAACAAGCUCUCACCGAUUCCGAAUUCAUCGCGCUCUGGAAGCUCCUUUACGCACAUGUCUUCCUCUACUGCACAACGGUCACUUUGACUAAAUCUUCAAUCAUCAUGUUCUACCGACGCAUUUUUAACCUACGCUGGUCCUUAUAUUAUGCCAUGGCCAUCAUUAUAGGUUACUUCGUCGCGGUCAUUGUCACCAUUGCCGUUGCGUGUCGCCCUACACCAUAUUUCUGGGAGCAAUACACGGAUCCCAUGGCCGAGGGGACAUGUAUAGACGUCCCUCAAUUCUUCUUGAUCAACGGCAUUGUUUCUGUCGCGAUUGAUUUCAUGAUCCUGUGUGUGCCAGCUCCUAUUAUCUGGAGAUUGCAAAUGCCCAAGUCUCAGCGUGUUGCUGUCACGAGUAUCUUGCUGCUCGGUGGUUUUGUCUGCAUCGCCGGUAUCGUUCGCGUGAUUUUCUUGCACAAACACACGCAAUCAGAAGAUCCAUCCUGGACAAUUGCCCCCGUCUUCAUGUGGUCCUGUGUUGAACCUUUCAUUGGAAUUGUCUGCGCCUGUCUACCGACCUUUUCGCCCAUAUUCCGCCGCUGGUGGGCCAUUUUGGAUAUCAAGAAGUCCGGGACCAAGAAACAGGAAGACUAUGGUUCGGGGGGCACACGAACCCAUCGUUCGAGAAACCACGCAUCGGAAGAUGAGGAAGAGGGGCCUGACGGUGACGAGAUUCAACUGACCAGCUUCCCUGGCUGGCCAUUGAACUUCUUGCGUGGAAAGGCUAGCAGAGACGACGUUUCCACCUCUAAGAUGCGUAUUAAAGAAGAGGUCACUAUCUCGGUUUCUGUGGACUAA